UUUUUUUCCUCCGGAGAUUCGUCAGGAGGAGCCCACCAGCCAUAUUGGAUUUAGUUGGGGAGGAGAUGGGUAGUUUACGGCAGAUUGGAUUAAAUCCGUAGUGUUAUCAAUGUGGAACGCUCCCAGAAGUCGCAUGGAAACUACCCUGCAUCACAUCGGAACAUCUCCGGCAGCCCCUCCCCUGAGUUUUGAAUAUCAAACUGGUCCAUUUUUUAAGCAAGACUCCUGUGUAAAUGCAGUAAAGUGUUGGGCGGCCUGUCUGUGUUGGUUUUUGUAGAGUUGGGAUACACUGCAACCUGAGUGAAGUACCGCAUCAUUAUCUCUAGCUACUGUUGCACUUAUUUUUUUUUUUUACUUUUGCACACUAUUUAUGCAUUACUUCGAGUAUUCAUGUUCUGUUGGAUAUUUAAUUAUUCUGUUUAUAAUGACCCUUUAAGUUUGGGGCACUUGGACUGUGUUUAAACAGUAUUCGGGAGGAGACCUAAGAGGAUUAGCAACUGGUGUAACUUCAUAACCACUUUUUCGCUUUAAUAUUGCACAUUACAUUCUUCGUUUUGUUUUUGGUAUAAACUACAAGUGCUGGAAAUAAAAACUGGGAACUGCACAGAAGAUGUCUACAGCUAGGACACCGUUACCAACAGUUAAUGAACGGGAUACAGAAAAUUUCACUUCCCAUGGCGAAGGACAUUCAGAGGUUUCUACUCGGACGGGACGCCCAGGAGCUCGCUGCAGGAAUUCAGUAGCUUCUGCUGAUGAGCAACCACAUAUUGGAAAUUAUCGGCUCCUCAAAACCAUUGGAAAGGGAAACUUUGCAAAAGUAAAACUAGCAAGACAUGUUCUUACAGGCAGAGAGGUUGCAAUAAAAAUAAUUGACAAAACACAGCUGAAUCCUACUAGUCUUCAAAAGCUCUUCAGGGAAGUACGAAUAAUGAAGAUAGUAAAUCAUCCAAAUAUAGUGAAACUCUUCGAAGUAAUUGAAACAGAGAAAACUCUGUACUUGGUAAUGGAAUAUGCGAGUGGUGAUACUGUCUGCGGUGCAGUACUGCCAUCAGAAACGAAUUGUACAUAGAGAUCUCAAGGCUGAAAAUUUGCUACUAGAUGCUGAUAUGAAUAUUAAAAUAGCAGAUUUUGGCUUCAGUAAUGAGUUUACAGUUGGCAGUAAACUGGACACAUUCUGCGGGAGCCCUCCAUAUGCCGCACCUGAACUCUUCCAAGGGAAGAAAUAUGAUGGACCUGAAGUGGAUGUGUGGAGUUUAGGUGUUAUCCUGUAUACUCUAGUUAGUGGAUCCUUACCAUUUGAUGGGCAAAAUUUGAAGGAGCUAAGAGAAAGAGUAUUAAGAGGGAAGUAUAGGAUCCCUUUCUAUAUGUCUACAGACUGUGAAAACCUCCUCAAACGCUUCCUGGUGCUAAAUCCUUCCAAAAGAGGCACUUUAGAGCAAACUAUGAAGGACAGAUGGAUCAAUGCAGGACAUGAAGAUGAUGAGCUUAAGCCCUUUAUAGAACCAGAGUUAGAUAUUUCUGACCAGAAAAGAAUAGACAUUAUGGUAGGAAUGGGAUAUUCUCGAGAAGAAAUUCAUGAAUCUCUUAGCAAAAUGAAGUAUGAUGAAAUCACAGCUACUUACUUGUUACUAGGAAGAAAAUCAACAGAGUUGGAUACAAGCGAUUCCAGCUCCAGCAGCAAUCUUUCCUUAGCUAAAGUCAGGCCAAGCAGUGACCUUAAUAACAGCACUGGACAAUCACCACACCACAAAGUGCAAAGAAGUAUUUCUUCUACCCAGAAGCAGAGGCGGUACAGUGAUCAUGCUGGACCUUCCAUCCCACCAGUAGUUGCUUACCCAAAGAGAAGCCAGACCAGCACUACAGACACAGACUUGAAGGAAGAAGGAAUUCCAUCUCGGAAAUCCAGCACCAUUGGUGCUGGAGGAAGAGUAGCAGCCCCACCCAGUCCCUUGACAGGGAGUGCUAGCAAUCCAAACAAAGCAGAUAUUCCUGACCGAAAAAAAGGUUCAGCUGGUACACCUAAUUCCCAGAAGAAUGGAAUACAGCAAAGGUGGCACCAGUUUUUAAAUCAGAGUAAUGCUGCCAGUAGUGGAAUGACGAGACGAAAUACCUUUGUGUGCAGUGAAAGAACUACUACAGAUAGGCAUUCUGUAAUACCAAAUGGGAAAGAGAACAGCACUGCACCUAGUCAAAGAACUCCUGUAGCUUCAACUCAGAGUAUCAGCAGUGCCACCACACCUGACCGCAUGCGCUUUCCUAGAGGAACUGCAAAUCGAAACACUUUUCAUGGUGGCCACCUUAGAGAGCGACGUACUGCUACAUAUAAUGGACCACCUGCUUCUCCUAGUUUAUCUCAUGAUGCAGCACCACUAUCUCAAACACGGACUAGAGGCUCUUCAAAUCUCUUUUCAAAGCUGACUUCUAAACUAACAAGAAGAAACCUGUCAUUCAGAUUUACCAAAAGGGUCCCAACUGAAUCUGAGAGAAACUGGAGAUUUGAGGGCUCAAGUCGUAAUGUGUCUGGGGAUCAGAAAGAUGAAAACAAAGAAACAAAGCCCCGCUCACUCCGAUUUACUUGGAGUAUGAAAACAACCAGUUCUAUGGAUCCUAAUGAUAUGAUGAGGGAAAUCCGUAAAGUUUUAGAUGCCAAUAAUUGUGACUAUGAACAGCGAGAACGCUACUUACUUUUUUGUGUUCAUGGUGAUGGACAUGCAGAAAACCUUGUACAAUGGGAAAUGGAGGUUUGCAAAUUGCCAAGACUGUCACUCAAUGGAGUUCGAUUCAAGCGAAUUUCAGGAACAUCUAUAGCUUUCAAAAACAUUGCUUCCAAAAUUGCCAAUGAAUUGAAAUUGUAAUUUAAAAAAAAAAAAACUUGUACAUUGUAUGUAGCAACUUUGUGUUUUUCACAAACACAGGUGUAAAUGUAUUAAACUAUAUUGUAUAGGAUACUGUUUAGGCAAUAAUGUCCACAUCUUCUAAUUCAUAUUAGAAUGAAGAUGCAUAAGCUGCUGUGUUGGGAGGGAGGUUGGACUGAAUUUGCAAGUGCACUACAGCAUUAAUUUACCUACUACCUGAUGAGUUUGCCAUUUUGUCUGUUUAUUUUGUACAAAGUGUCAUUGUAGAACAGUGAUUUGGAGCAAGCUUAUGUAUUCUACCCCAACGGAAUGCAGUGUAAAUGCUGUAGGAAACCACAUUUAAGUAUUACAUUUCUGUUUUAUUUGGGUAUGCUAUUUUUAAGCAAACCAGAUAUCUUAGUAGUACAUCUGGUGCAAAUGUAUGUGCCCUUGUUAAAAAGGGCAAAGAAAUAACUCCAAUUUUCUUUUUUAAUAAUUCAGUUGAAUUUUGGAACUUUUGAAAGAGAGAUUUCCUUUGGAAUAUUAUCGCUGCUGAACUGCUUUUGCAGAAACCAGAAAUAAGGGAGAUGUAGAUUGUGAAUAUCAGAUUUGUUAAGUAGUACUCAGAUAAAAAUUUGAAGUUUCACGUUUACUCCACUAGUCUUCUGUAUUUCCCUUACCUCAAAACUAUUGAAAGAAGCCUAUCACAUUUACCCCCUAUUUGUCUUAAUUGAUGCAGAGUCAAAUUAUUUGUCCACAUUUUAUUUAUUAGUUUUUUUAAACUCAAGUAUUGCAAUACUGAAAGCAGAGUGCUUUGUUUAAAGUCUUUUCAUUUUCUUGGUUUGAUUCUAUGGGGCAAUGUUCAUUGAAAUAGGCAUUAAGGAUCUUUUUCCCCCCUCAUAGUGUUGCACUGUCAUCCACCCUGUAAUGUAAUUUAAUUUUGCAAGAUCAUGUAUAAAAUUUCCUGUAAUGAGCCAGUAUUUACAAAAUUUUAAGUUGUCAGGUUGAGGAUCAUCAGUUUCUCCAUUAAAACAACUUAAAAUCUUUCGUCAGUGUUGGUACUUUUGUGCUUGUUAACAGGCAAAACUUGUAGAGUACUGGCCUUCAGUGGGGAUGCAUCUAGCUUUGUCACAUUUAUGGUGUGUCAGGUUCCAGUUAAAACCUUUGUUUCAUGGGCCAACAAUGUCAUUACUUUAUACCAAUGUGUCUAUCUUAUUUAAAAUGUUCAGUGUCACUGUUGUUUCAGUUCUUUCCUGCUGUAAUUUAUGUAAAUUUAUGAACAUAAUAUGUGAAGGAUCCAAGGACACCUAUAACGAGAAGCUGAAUUAAAUAAUUUUGAUCAUGCCUUGA